GUGACGCCCACGUGCGACACACCACCGUGACAUCAGCCGACAGAUGGACAGUGUGGCGGGAUUGUCAGAAAGGAUUGGGCCUCGCUACGCGCAUUGGCCAGGAGUCAGCGUGUUGACAGGUUGUUGAGGAGGACGCCGGGGAGAAGACGAAGGAAGCGGAAUCCGGACCUGGGCCACAUACCAUUGAUGGAGGACAGAUGGACAGCUGGCUGGCCAGUCACCUCUCCUCCUAAGCCUUCGGAGAGUGGUCCUUUGUCCCUUGCUGGACACAUAUCCAGGAUCCUUACACCCACCCUGAGUACACUCUGCGUAGAAACGUGAAGUCUGACCACAGUGUGCCACGGGACACAUCUGCUGCAUGUGACAGAUCCGUAGCCAUGAGCGCCGAGGGCUACCAGUACCGGGCGCUCUAUGAGUACAAAAAGGAGCGGGAGGAAGACAUUGACUUGCACUUGGGCGACAUCCUGACUGUGAACAAGGGCUCCUUAGUGGCCCUUGGAUUCAGCGAAGGACAGGAAGCUCGGCCCGAAGAAAUUGGCUGGUUGAAUGGCUAUAAUGAAACCACUGGGGAGCGAGGGGACUUCCCAGGAACUUAUGUAGAAUAUAUCGGGAGGAAAAAAAUCUCACCACCAACACCAAAGCCCCGGCCACCUCGACCCCUUCCUGUAGCCCCAGGUUCUUCGAAAGCUGAAGCAGACAGCGAGCAGCAAGCUUUGUCGAUUCCAGAUCUGGCUGAGCAGUUCGCCCCUCCAGACAUCGCGCCCCCCCUUCUCAUCAAGCUAGUGGAAGCCAUUGAAAAGAAAGGUCUGGAAUCUUCGACUCUCUACAGAACCCAGAGCACCAGCAACCCAGCAGAGCUACGACAGCUUCUUGACUGUGAUGCCGGCUCCGUGGACCUGGACAUGAUCGAUGUGCAAGUCUUAGCAGAUGCUUUCAAGCGCUAUCUCCUGGACUUGCCCAACCCUGUCAUUCCGGGAGCCGUUUACAAUGAACUGGUUUCUUUAGCCCAAGAAGUACAAAGCUCCGAAGAGUACAUCCAGCUGUUGAAGAAGCUCAUACGGUCACCGAACAUACCUCAUCAGUAUUGGCUUACACUUCAGUAUUUGCUAAAACAUUUCUUCAAGCUCUCCCAGGCCUAUAGCAAAAAUCUUCUGAAUGCACGAGUACUUGCCGAACUUUUCAGCCCUCUGCUGUUCAGAUUCCCAGCAGCCAGCCCUGAGAAUACUGAAUCCCUCAUAAAAGUUAUAGAAAUUUUAAUCUCAACUGAAUGGAAUGAACGACAGCCUGCACCAGCACUGCCUCCCAAACCGCCCAAACCCACUCCUGUAGCCAACAACGGUAUGAAUAACAAUAUGUCCUUACAAGAUGCUGAAUGGUACUGGGGAGACAUCUCCAGGGAAGAAGUGAAUGAGAAACUUCGAGACACAGCUGACGGGACCUUUUUGGUACGAGACGCAUCUACUAAAAUGCAUGGUGAUUAUACUCUCACACUAAGAAAAGGAGGAAAUAAUAAAUUAAUCAAAAUAUUUCACCGAGAUGGGAAAUAUGGCUUCUCUGACCCGUUAACCUUCAACUCUGUGGUUGAGCUAAUAAACCACUACCGGAAUGAAUCUCUAGCGCAGUAUAAUCCCAAGCUGGAUGUGAAAUUGCUCUACCCAGUAUCCAAGUACCAACAGGAUCAAGUUGUCAAAGAGGAUAAUAUUGAAGCCGUAGGGAAGAAGUUACAUGAAUAUAACACUCAAUUUCAAGAAAAAAGUCGGGAAUAUGAUAGAUUAUAUGAGGAUUAUACCCGCACUUCCCAGGAAAUCCAAAUGAAAAGAACAGCUAUUGAAGCAUUUAAUGAAACUAUAAAAAUAUUUGAAGAACAGUGCCAAACCCAGGAGCGGUACAGCAAAGAAUCCAUAGAAAAAUUUAAACGUGAAGGCAAUGAGAAAGAAAUACAAAGGAUUAUGCAUAAUUAUGAAAAGUUGAAGUCUCGAAUCAGUGAGAUUGUUGACAGUAGAAGAAGGUUGGAGGAAGAUUUGAAGAAGCAGGCAGCCGAGUACCGGGAGAUUGACAAACGCAUGAACAGCAUCAAGCCAGACCUCAUUCAGCUGCGAAAGACCCGAGACCAAUACCUGAUGUGGUUGACUCAGAAAGGUGUCCGGCAGAAGAAGCUGAAUGAGUGGCUGGGCAAUGAAAACACUGAAGACCAAUAUUCGCUGGUGGAGGAUGAUGAGGACCUGCCCCACCAUGACGAGAAGACAUGGAAUGUUGGAAGCAGCAACCGAAACAAAGCUGAAAACCUUUUACGAGGGAAGCGAGACGGCACUUUCCUGGUCCGGGAAAGCAGCAAGCAGGGCUGUUAUGCCUGCUCUGUGGUGGUGGACGGCGAAGUCAAGCACUGUGUCAUCAACAAGACGGCGACAGGCUACGGCUUUGCGGAGCCCUAUAACCUGUACGGCUCCCUGAAAGAACUGGUGCUCCAUUACCAACACACCUCCCUCGUGCAGCACAACGACUCCCUAAACGUCACACUAGCCUACCCAGUAUAUGCACAGCAGAGGCGAUGAAGUGCUGGCCCUCAGAUCCUUCUCCUGAAGUUGAACCACCCUGAAACCUCUGGAAGCACAGGGCUCCUUCUCCAGCCUGACCUGUGAAUUGAGCUGAGGAAACCCACGCCGUCUGCCUUCAGAUGAGACUCGCGCUUUCUCCGGUCUAAAGCCGUCAGGGAAGAUCUGCGGCCAAGUGAGCGCUGGGCCAGGGCCUGCAGACCACCGUUUCUAACCUGGAGUGCUUAUCCUCCUUCCUUUCUCUUUUUUUUUUUUUUUUUUUUGAGGGAGGGGGGUUAAUUUAAAGCCACAACCACACCAAGAGAAAAAGAAAUGCAAAAAUCUCUGCGUGCAGGGACAAAGAGGCCUUUAACCAUGGUGCUUGUUAAAUGCUUUCUGAAGCUUUUACCAGCUCAGAGUUGGGAGCCUGGAGGGUGAGACAGGCUCUGGCCUGAGGUCACUCGGUCCAGCCUGGUUUAGCCUGGGGGUUGCACGGUGGACUCAGACACAUCGCACUGUGGAUUAUUUCCUUUUUCUAACACAAGAACGACAUGUAGCAAAAAGGCACUUCUGCUCUUGAGGGACCCUGGGGGAAACGUCAGCGCUUGGCCGUUCAGAGGGAAGCUGUGGUAGCAAGUGUUUUGUUCAAACUUUUCAAAAAACCGCCACCCACCAACAGAAAAGUGGAACUUGGAAAACAGGACUUAAAAUGACAUUCAGUAUAUAAAAUAUGUACAUAAUAUUGGAUGACUAUCAAAUAGAUGGAUUUGUAUCAAUACCAAAUAGCUUCUGUUUUGUUUUUCGCUGAAGGCUAAAUUCACAGUGCUAUGCAAUUCCUAAUUUUCGUUCCAUUGUUUUAAAUGUACCUUCAGAAUAAGCUUUCCCCACCCCAAUUUUUGUUGCUUGAAAAUAUUGUUGUCCCUGAAUUUUUGUUAAUAUUUGUUUUGUUUUUUUUUUUUUAAGAAAAAAUGUACAGGAUGCCAGUUUAAAAAAAUGGCUUCAUAAUUAAAACUAUGAAAUAUUUUACAGUUUUUUCUUGUACAGAGUACUUGGCUGUUAGUCCAAGGUUAAAAAGUUCAUAACAGAUUUUUUUUUUUGGACUUAAAUGUUUUGUUGGGCAGUGCCUAAUAAGCUUCAAAGCUGCUUUAUUCAAUAAAAGAGAGAAAGAUAUAUGGA